AUGGUGGCUAAACGCAUCAUGCAAGACUUCUCUUGGAUGAAGCCGCCUUUCAUCGUUAGCGCACCAAUGCGCAUCAUGUCUGGCCCUGAGCUUGCCAUCGCCGUCUCUCGCGUUGGCGGAUUGGGUUUCAUCGGACCAGGCGCGAACCCGGAUGAUACCAUCACAGAUUUAGUCACAACUAAGAAACUUCUGACCGCGACACCUUUUCAAUCACUCACGAAGUCACUACCCAUCGGCGUCGGCUUCCAACUAUGGAACGGCGACAUAAAAUCUGCGACUCGAGCUGUGCAAGAGCAUCAGCCAUGUGCAGCAUGGCUGUUUGCGCCUCGCGAUGGACAGCAUGAAUUGGACAAAUGGACUGCUGCCUUGCGGAAAGCCUUUCCAGAUAUUCGUAUCUGGAUCCAAAUCGGAACACUACAAGAGGCUAUCGAAGCUGCGAGCAGUACAUCACCACCGGAUGUCCUCGUCGUCCAAGGCGCUGAAGCAGGUGGGCACGGCAGAGCUCAUGACGGCAUGGGUUUGAUGACUCUCCUUCCCGAAAUCAAAGAUACACUUCGAGACUCCAACGUGUCACUGUUUGCAGCUGGAGGUAUUUCAGACGGACGAGGUAUCGCUGCCGCACUUGCACUUGGAGCAGACGGCGUAGCGUUGGGCACCCGCUUCCUCGCCUCGACCGAAGCACGCAUAAAGAAGGGCUAUCAAGCUGAGAUUGUGAGAGCUACCGAUGGAGCUAAGUCUACAAAGCGCACGACUUUGUAUAAUCAGCUCCGAGGUACGAACUGGCCGGAUCAAUAUGCUCCGAGAGGGAUUGUGAACAGGACGUGGCAUGAUCAUCAAGCUGGUGUGCCAUACGAAGAACUCAAGAAGCUGCAUGAUGUUGUGGAGAAGGCUGGAGAUGAGGGAUGGGGCGUUGAAGGCAGAUUGGCGACGUAUGCUGGUGCAGGGGUCGGGCUCAUAAAUGAUGUCGAAGACGCAGUCCAGCCAUCCAACGUCCUCCAGCCUGGGCACUCCCACCUCCAAGCCUUCAACAUCCUGGAUGUUGUCCAGGAAUCUUCCGUUCGCGUCCAAUGGUGA